AACGACUUGUUAGGUACCCCCUCGCACGGUCAUGAACAGACCUCGGGCUCGGCCAUCGAGUCUUUUGGCAGCGCCUGUGCACUGAGCAGGAGGAAGCAGCUGGUGCACGCUGGCGCCACAAAAGUUCGACAAACCCUCUGAAUUGUGAAUUGUCAACAGUGUCUGGCGGGGCCGCAAAGGAAGAAAAGAGCAGAGCUCACGGGGUUCUUUGAAAGGCACGUGUAAGGAGAAAGGCUGACAAAAAGCCUGCAAGGACGCUCGUAGUCAUGCUGCAGCUUUGGAGUGCUUGAUAUGCUAGCAAGCCAGAAACCAAGGUUCUUUGGUGGACCUUUCGAUUACGUAGAUUGGUGCACGUGCGAUCUCUUUGUAACAUCUUCACAGAAGUGCGGCAAGUUGCUGCCUGCACUGCCUGAGGGCGGCUGGGGUCAGGAUAUACGAUGCUGCCCCUCUCCCUCCUGAAGACGGCGCAAGGGCAUCCCAUGCUAGUGGAGCUGAAGAAUGGCGAGACGUACAACGGGCACCUGGUCAACUGCGACACCUGGAUGAACAUCCACCUGCGCGAGGUCAUCUGCACCUCCAAGGACGGGGACCGCUUCUGGCGCAUGCCCGAGUGCUAUGUGCGCGGCAACACGAUCAAGUACUUGCGCGUGCCGGACGAGGUCAUUGACAAGGUGCAGGAGGAGACCAUCAAGCGGCAAGAGCGGCGGCCCAACGUGGGCGGGCGAGGUCGGGGCCGGGGGGGCGGAGGAGGCCGGGGGGGACGAGGGGAAGAGGGGGCGGAGGGGGGCGGCGAGUAUGGCGGGGGACGAGGGGGGAGGGGGGACGAGGAGGGCGGGGCGGGCCAGGCGGGCCAGGCGGCGCGGGGGAAGGGCGGGGCGGGCGGGGGGGAGGCAGAGGGGGCCGAGGUCGAGGCGAAGGCGGGCGUGGCCGGGGACGAGAAUAGCCUGUGGUCCGCCACCAGCUGCUUUACCUACCUUCUAUCGGGUAACAGCAGCACUGAAAAAAGGAUUGAUAAAGGCCGGAAGAGGCCAGAACGAGUCAGGUUCGGACACGGCGGCAAGGCCCGCGGCAUGUUCGCCCGAGUGGCCUCUGUUGACAGCACCUCUUUAACCAGGCCGUACUUCUGGAUUGGGCCGCUGCCAGAGCAGGAUGUUGCGGUCCUUUUGAAAAUGCCAAUGCAAAUAGCAUACUGCAAACGAUAAGAGUUGUCAAGACUAGUCGGACAUGUGAUAGUUGAAUCUGUAUCGAAGAUGCUUCAGGGCCCAGGCUUCGGUCAGGAGCUGUCUUGCCAAUCUCCUCUGAUUCAAGGUGAUGUGCCACUGGUUUCAGA